AUGGAUAUCGAGCUUAACGCGAAUAUUGGAUGCUUUUUCAUCGGAGUUAUAAUCGCCACCCCGUUGUAUGGUCUUACUUGUGCUCAAGUCAUGUACUAUGUUCGCGACUAUUCAGAGGACUGGAUCUGGUUGAAGAGCUUGGUUGCUGUUUUAUUCCUCCUGGAUACCGCAACGUCGAUCGUGUCGUUUGAGAUUGAAUAUUUGCUCGCUGCAUUCAUUGUGAUCAUUGUGCAAUCUUAUUACAUGCGCACAAUAUGGAUCCUACUAGCCAAUAAGCCCUACAAGAUACCACUGAUGGCCGUCUUGGUUGCAUUGACCCUUGUAUCAUUUGGUGAGCACUCUCCAUCCAUACCUGCUCUGUACACCAAGUUGCGGAUCUGUCAUUCGACGUUGCCUCUUGAUUCAAACCCCAAGUUCAGCACCGACUCGCUCCUGCGCACUCUCAUGAUCUACGCGAUCAACCGAGGUAUACUCACCACUUUGUGGCAAGUAGCCCUGAUGCGUUUUACUGGUCCCUUUUCCACUUUCCCGGAAGCAAAGGUGCGCGUGAGGAACUAUAACCCAUCCACCACCAUAUCGGCAAAUGCAACAAUGGGCAGGAAUAUCCCAUCACGCUCUGUGGACGAAGAGGUGGCCAGCACAUCUUACAGCUCGAGGGACGGAGGACGGCUGAGUACCUUGCAGAUCUUGCGCAAACCUCUGUGCAAAUUCGUUAUAUUCUUGUUGGUUGAUCUCGCUUCGGAUCUCAAAUAG